UAUUCUAAAGAUUGUACUCGAUGCACUGGCCAAAAAUUUUCGGAACAAACAAAGCUAUUGUUCUUCUUUGUUAGCAGGAUUGGACUGAAUAUGGUUGGGACUGCCAAGAAGGAAGAUAUGGAAGCAUUUUAUGCUUCCAUUGAAGCAGAAACCACUCCUUUGUCACAUCUGCGUGAACCUCCUAGAACUAGGCCAAGUAAAAAAACCCUGAAAGCAUGGCAGCUUCUGCGAGACCUUGUGAGUAAAAAAUUCUCUCUUUUGCAUCACCCUGCAACUCAUGGACUGAUGAGAGACACUCUCAAACACCUGCUCAAUUUGCGACGGGGUGAAAGAGUUUCUUCAAGAACAAUGGCAAUAUUACAGCAACUUUCAAAAAGUUUUGAUCACUGGAGUUUGGACUAUGACAAUGCCAACAAUAAAAUCAAGUCAGUGGACAAAAGCAUUUCGAAAGCAGAGAAAGCAAACCAGGGUCUCGAAGCUAAUGUAAGAAAAUUCAAGGAAAUAGUGACGGAUGAGAAGGCUUUGUGCACUAAGUUGGCCACUUUGGAGCAAAAGAAGAGAGAGCUUGAAGAUCAAAUCAAAACAAUGAAAGCUGAGAUUGCAGAAUUUACUAAGAGGAGGGACAAAGUUGCUAAGAGAAAGAGAGAAGUGUUUGAGAAUGGAAAAGUGCUGAGAAGUAAAUGCGAUGGUUUGAGGAAUAAGCUGCCAAGGUUGAAAGCUGGGACAGAAUGGGCAUUUGUAACAGAAACUAAUAUUGAAGCUGAAUGGUCAAAGCUUGCAAAACGAGUCCUUCAAAGCACAAGUUUUGUUGAAGAUUGGAUCUAGCCAUCUAGGAACAAGGAAAUAUUACAGCUUUAUGUUAGUUAAUGAAGCAACACUUGUCUGCUUUUUAGGGGUAAGUUAAUCUUAGGAAUCAUUUAGAGUCAGUCAAUUUACACCAUCACUGCAUUGAAGGCAAAGGAAAGGAUCAUAGUUUUGUAUAUUCCUCCAUUUUGGGUUUAAACUUUAAAUAUAUUUCUCCAUUUGAUAGCAUAUUGUUUUAAAGAAAUAUACAAGCAGUUCUCAUAGUCCAUAUAUUAUGCAUUAUGUAGUAAUUAAUUUUUUAUAGUGUCUUAUGU